AUGGAUGUUACUUGCCAGAAGGUCACAAAAGGGGAUAACGUGACCCAGGGAUACGGCAACCGUCAUAAGUACAUGCCAGUUGCCAAGCCUUCAGAUUCGGAUCACGUAACCCCAGGGAUGCUGCAACGGUUGUUAAGUGUGAAAAGUGCUCAUAUCCAGCCUCCGGAAGGGAAAACCCGCGAGUGCCUGAUGUGUAUCGUGCAAAGGGAUGGCCCCAAGACCAUGCUGUGCGCGGAGAGCGAAGACGAUGCGUUAGCCUGGAAGAUGGCCAUUAUGGAAGCGAAAGGGACCCAGGUUCACCUCUAUGACCCUUACGACGACUACUACCAAACAGUGCCCCUCGACUCCCACCAGGCGAUGUACGUCAGCUCGGAUUACCACGGCUACUCGUACGUCGCCCCUGGAACGACCCACGUCAUCAUCCGCGAAGACCCCUAUCGUGUUUCCGGAGAUCAGAUGGCCUUGGGGCUCCUCGCUGGAGCGGCCACGGGGGCCGCCCUGGGCUCCUUCAUGUGGAUGCCUUGUUGGUUCUGACCCUC